AAUGCAUUCUGGGAGAUUUGACGGGAUUCCUCAGACAUGGCGGCCCGUGCGUUGACUCAGUGUGUUCGCUCUCUUUCCCGGUCUACGACAAGGUUAUACCAAGGAUCCGUGGUCGCUAGAUCAAGCAGUGCACUUCUUAUUUCCAAUGACCGAACAUUUUCUGCCAUUAGUUGCUCCCAGGGAGCGCGGAGGAUCGAACAGUCACGGAUUUCACAGCUGACUCGACAAUACGGAGGGUUGCCUCCUCUUACCAUCGAGGCAAUCGGAGAGCGAGUAAUGUACGUGCUGAAACUGUAUGACAAGAUCAACCCAGAGAAGCUUCAAGCGUCCUCUCACUUCAUGAAGGACUUGGGGUUGGAUAGUUUGGACCAGGUGGAAAUCAUUAUGGCAAUGGAGGAUGAAUUUGGAUUUGAGAUCCCAGAUGCAGCUGCAGAAAAGUUGAUGACGCCUGAGGAGAUUGUACAGUACAUCGCUGACAAGAAAGAUAUUUAUGAAUGAGGUGUUGUGUCAGUGACCUUGUGUUCUUGUUCAGUUACGCCGCAGACGUCAACAGGCAGUGUGUUUCUUUUUUUUAUAUCCACAUGCACACCUACUCAGUUUGUGGAUACCAUGGUCCACUGCUAUGCUGUAUGUACCACUGUAUGUAAUAAUAAAUGUGACUUCCCUUGGAGUUUUGGAGAGGAUAAUUAAACCAGAUCUUAAGAGAA